AUGCAUUUCAAUACCAAUGAUCAGGAAGAAGACAACACCGUUUUGUUGCUCUCGCUUUGGCCGCCUGGAAGCCAAUCCUCACCAGCUUCUUCCUCCUGCUCUUCUUCUACUUCAACUUUUGUUGCUUCUAAGUGGCUCCGCGCAAGCUCGAAACCGCAGUGUCACUUCUCCCACUCUUCAAACCAAGUGGACGAUGACUCCUCAGUGACGAUCGAACUCUCCAUUGGCCCCCCGAAUGCGAGGCCUAGGGCAAGCACAAGCACCGCGGCCACCACCGCCGCAGGCUUGAACCUCGUGCCUAGUAGCUACUGGAUUCCCUCUCCCGCCGAAAUCCUGGUUAGCGCCACCCAGUUCUCCUGCACCGUGUCCAACAAAACCUUUAAUCGCUUCAACAACAUGCAGAUGCACAUGUGGGGUCACGGAUCGCAGUAUCGGAGGGGAUCGGAGUCACCGCGUGGCAUACCGAGGCAAUUGCCCUCGCCAUGUCUGUUGAAGCUGCCGUGCUACUGCUGCGCGGAGGGGUGUAAGAACAACAUUGAGCAUCCUAGGUCACGGCCGCUCAAGGACUUUCGGACACUGCAGACGCAUUACAAGCGCAAGCACGGAGUGCGGCCUUUCGCGUGCCGUAGGUGCGGUAAGGCAUUCGCAGUGCGCGGUGACUGGCGCACCCACGAGAAGAACUGUGGCAAGCUGUGGUUCUGCAUCUGCGGCUCCGACUUCAAGCACAAGCGAUCUCUCAAGGACCACGUGAGAUCCUUCGGCAGCGGCCAUGCACCUCAUAUCGCGGAGACGAUGAGCAUUGAUGAAGAGGUGGGGGUGAUAGAAGGGUACUACCAUAAGUUCGUGAAAAACUAUGGAAAGAUUAGUGCACCCCUUACUUCCUUGCUGAAAAAAGAUGCUUUCCAAUGGUCGGACAAAGCCACCACCACCUUCGACGAACUUAAAACCGCAAUGAUGACAAUGCCCGUACUAGCACUACACGACUUCGUUAAGACUUUUGUUAUUGAAGCCGAUGCCUCCGGAGUCAGAAUUAGUGCUGUACUAAUGCAAGAUGCCCGCUCCCUAACUUAUAAUAGUAAGGCACUAUCUCCUUCCCAUCUCAGGAUGACUGUUUAUGAUAAGGAGAUGCUCGCGAUUGUGUAUGUGGUGACCAAAUGGAGACCAUACUUGAUUUGA